AUGGCGUCGGCGACAGCUGAAGAACAACAAGCGGUCCUUCUUCCGGACGACUACGUGAAAAAAUUCGAUCCCGACGCAUACCUCGACUUCUAUUUCAGCAAAGACGCCAUUGAGGAUGGAACCCGCGUCUCGUUGUUCGCUCUUCCGGUUUUCGCGCAUUUGAUGAUCCAAACGAUGCGGCCACAUGAGCGCCAGACUCUUCUCGACAUUGGCGCCGGUCCGACUGUCUAUUCGGCUCUUUGCUUCCGAGACGUUGUCCAACGCGUUCAUCUCGCCGACUAUGUUGACCGGAAUCUCGAUGUUCUUCGAAAGUGGCUUAGGCACGAGAAUACCAUUGAUUGGGCACCGACCAUUAAAGUCAUUAUGAGAACUGAAGGAGGCGCAACACCAACGAAGGAAGUGAUCGACGAUGUCGAAGAGAAAUCCAGAAGCCUUGUGAAAUGUGGCGGAAUCCAUUUUGCCGAUGUUCAUCAACCGAUUGUGGUGCCCGAUCUUGGUGCGACGCAAGUCGACAUUCUCGUUUCGAUCUUCACUCUCGAGAGCGCUUGCUGCAACUACACAGAAUACUGUGCAUGUGUUUUGAAUAUGAUGAAGCAUCUUCGAAAAGGCGGAAGAUUUGUAAUCGGAUCGGUCCUUGAGGAUGACGCUUACAAUUCGGGAACUCAGACUAUCUUCCAUCUUCUCAACCUGCGCGAGGAGAUGAUUCUUGAUGCUCUCCGUGCCGCUGAUCUCGACGUUGAGAACGCCAAGAAGUACGUCCUUGAGGGCGAAGGCGUCAUGUUCCUUAUGGCUACCAAAAUCUAG